GGAGGGGACCGGAGGGAGGGACGGGACAGACAGACAAAGGAAGGGGUGCGGCUGCGCGGCGGGGGAGGGGAGUGAUCUGGCUGGGGAAGGUCGCUGGGCAGGGCGAGCUGGGAAAGCGGAGCCCCCGGAGCCCCCGCAGCCCCUUCUCCCCCUUUCUCCCACGUCCGGUCUGCUCCUCGCUGGAGGCCAGGCUGUGCAGCUCCGAGGACGGGAGGGACUGGAGCCUCAUUGGCCGGCCCGGAGAGACGGCCUCGGGCUUAAAUAGGGGCUCCGGGCUCUGGCUGGGACCCGACCGCUGCCCGCUGCGCUCUCGCCGCUCCUGCCGGGUGAUGGAAAACCCCAGCCCGGCCGCCACCCUGGGCAGGGCCCUCUGGGCUCUCCUCCUGGCCGCGCUCGGCGGCGCCGCCGGCCACCCUCGUGGGGGAGAGUCUGUCUGUUCCGCCAGAGCCCCGGCCAAAUACAGCAUCACCUUCACCGGCAAGUGGAGCCAGACGGCCUUCCCCAAGCAGUACCCCCUGUUCCGCCCCCCCGCGCAGUGGUCUUCGCUGCUGGGGGCGGCGCACAGCUCAGACUACAGCAUGUGGAGGAAGAACCAGUAUGUCAGCAACGGGCUGCGCGACUUCGCCGAGCGCGGCGAGGCCUGGGCGCUGAUGAAGGAGAUCGAGGCGGCGGGGGAGGCGCUGCAGAGCGUGCACGCGGUGUUCUCGGCGCCCGCGGUCCCCAGCGGCACCGGACAGACGUCGGCGGAGCUGGAGGUGCAGCGCAGGCACUCGCUGGUCUCGUUCGUGGUGCGCAUCGUGCCCAGCCCGGACUGGUUCGUGGGCGUGGACAGCCUGGACCUGUGCGACGGGGACCGCUGGCGGGAGCAGGCGGCGCUGGACCUGUACCCCUACGACGCCGGGACGGACAGCGGCUUCACCUUCUCCUCCCCCAACUUCGCCACUAUCCCGCAGGACACGGUGACCGAGAUAACGUCCUCCUCUCCCAGCCACCCGGCCAACUCCUUCUACUACCCCCGGCUGAAGGCCCUGCCUCCCAUCGCCAGGGUGACCCUGGUGCGGCUGCAGCAGAGCCCCAGGGCGUUCGUCCCUCCCCCCUCGGUCCUGGCCAGCAGGGACAACGAGAUUGUGGACAGCGCGUCAGUUCCAGAAACGCCGCUGGACUGCGAGGUUUCCCUGUGGUCGUCCUGGGGACUGUGCGGAGGCCCCUGUGGGAAGCUGGGGGCUAAGAGCAGGACUCGCUAUGUCCGGGUCCAGCCCGCCAACAACGGGAGCCCCUGCCCCGAGCUCGAAGAAGAGGCUGAGUGCGUCCCUGAUAACUGCGUCUAAGGCCAGAGCCCCGCAGCCCCUGGACUCCCCUGGAGCCGUGGGGUGUCCGGGGCUCGGGAGCUCCUGUGCAGGCUCAUGCUGCGGGCGGCCCAGGGCACGGGGAUUUCGUGCUGCUCCCGACCGCGGAGAGGCCGGGCCGACCUUCUCUGCACUGAAGGGCCCUCUGGUGGCCGGCGGGGGCAUCGGGAACAGCCUCCUUUCCCAGCCUUGCUUCUUAGGAGUCCCCAGGUCCCAUCUGCUCUCAGCCUCCUCCUUCUGCACAGAUAAAGGCAUCCCCAAGGCUCCGGCUACUCUAAAUUAUGUCUCCUUGUAAGUUAUUGCUGCUCCACGAGAUUGUCCUUCAUUGUCCAGGGGCCUGGCUCCCACGUGGUGGCAGAUACCUCAGAUCUGGUGCUGCAGGCUGGCGGGGGCCAUUUGAGAAGUGAAUAAAUGGGGCAGUUUCAGAAACUUCACUCGCUGUUUUCAUGCUAUGGAUCUCUUGCAUUUGAAUAAAGACUAUCUGUUCCU